AGAGAGGGAGAGAGAGAGAGAGAGAGAGAGAAAGAGGGAGUCGUCCGCGGGAUUUCGGCGAGCGAGGGAAAGGGUUUACGCGCGCGCGAGGCGGGUGGAGCAAGAGCAAGAGCAAGAGAAAGAAGAAGAAGAAGAAGAAGAGAGAAGAGAAGAGUAAAAGAAACGAAAGGAAAAGAAAAAAAAGAAAAAGGAGCGAUCGUAGUAACACCGGCGCGUCUCCUCUCGCGGCUUCGUGCUUGUCUCGGAAUUAGUGAGUAGACAGAAUUAUGCCCGUGAGCAGGCGGCCAGCUUGGCUCAGUUGAGACUUACUGUUCAGCCUGUGCAGACGCAUGCCACGAAUCUCUUUCCCCACUUACAUACAUCGCGCCUUCCUGAUGCGAUUAGACUAGUCCGCGACCGCUGUCUGAUCACCGACCAGACACCAGUUUCUUUAACGCUUCUUCCUACACACGCAUCGUCCUCCUCCCCUACACGCAUACACCAAUCAUCCUGUCAUUUCCCUCUCGUUCCGGCUCACCCGUUCCCGCACCAGAGAAAACACUCAAAAGAUUCAUUCUUCGACGCUAUCGUUGUUAAAGGGGGUUGUCACCAGUGUGAGAUGUUCGACGGAAAGAAUGGAGAACUCGGUUGACCGAUAACAGUGAAUCCGUGGCUACCAUUCCGUUAUCGGAAUAAUCUUGACAGAAAAACAGAUCGUACGUGUGACAGUUUUCGAGGACAGAAUCAAGGACAGUUGACAAGGGACAUUUAAGGUCAAUCAGGAUGGGGUUCGUUAGGUUAUUCGCGUUUCUUUUGGCAACUUCAAUCGUGAACAGUGCUUGGUGUCACCAUCACCAUCGCGGCGUCCACGUGGACUACAGAAAGAUGGGGGAACAGGUGAAAAGGUACGACGAGAACGUGAUCCUCUCGGAAGGUGGCAAGAAUAGGAGAAGUUUGAACAUCGAGAAACCAAAAGGGACGAUUCCCUUCAGCGAGAGGAGGCUGGAGAAGAUGCUGGAGAAAGCGAUUCUGAAGAUCAUUACCGGUGACUUGAGCACCGGCGACAUGCUGUUGUUGAAGAGCUUGAACUACACUCUGGACGAGAUUUUAGCGAUUCGCGAGAGGGAAUUGGGGAAAAAGAAGGAGGAGGAAGUGAGGAAGAAGGAAAGCGUGAAAUCUUGGGCGAAAGCGUUGUACGGAGAGGGCGAGAAAAAGAGUAAAUACAGGGACAAGAAUUCUAUGGAUCGUUUAGCCUCGAAGAAACCUGAUUUCGAAGAGACCAAGCACGAAGGUAAAAAGAAUCGUCACGCGGACAAAUCCUCGUACAAAGGCUUUGAUUUCGAGGCGUAUAAUCGGCAGGCGAUCCUCGAUUACGAGAAUCUACCCUCCAACCUGGAAUUCCAGCAAUCCUGGUCGGAAGGUACGUCCUUCGUUGACUACGAGGAGACCACCAGAGCUUCCAAGGAACAGGACGUCGCGAAGAGUCUUCAUCGCGACUUUGAUAAAGCGAUGGAGCCUCACGUGGUCUUCAAGAUUCGCUACGACGACUCGGAAUUCGAUUCCACUUCUGGUUCCGACGAGGCGAACAAAAGUCAUUCGAAAACCACCAGGCACCGAGUUUCUUCGACGAUCAAGCACACCACCCCGAGGAGCAACAGCGAUUCCUUUCACGGGUCAACACCGUCAACCUUACAGCCUUCUACUCUUACUCUCGCUAACAGGCUACCUGUGGUUUAUCAGCUGAGCAACUUCAACAGCGUCAUAGGUAACUAUCCCAACGAUCGCGUUUACUCCAGUACAACGCCAUCUUCGACGCUGAGCACCAGCAGCACGACGGAAAGAACAGUUCCCGAGGAAAUCUCGAAAGAGGUUCUCGAAACGAAAUCGAAUACGCUUGUUCAGAUCAAUGGCUCGAAGGAAGAGACAGUGAGUCCGAAAAUCGAAGAAAAAUCGAGCGAAAAUAAGAAAGUGAGCGAGUACGAGGGACUCGAGUGGGUGGAGGAUGACGUUUACAGGGUGAUACCUGAAUUCGUCGAAUCGUUGGAUUUUGAAAAUAUCGAGGGAAACGAGACGUCCGACUACGAGGAUUCGCGUCACUACUCUGGAGCACACUGGAACACGGAAGAUAACGAGAACGGCACUCUGGAGUACCAAGACGACUCGGCCGAUUCGGUUAAGCUGUUCAUGGCCAAUGGUAAUGCGUCUACCAACAAUCUAGCCCUGGCCAAUUUUUCCACGUAUCCGCAAGCGACCAUUAAUAACCGACGAGAAGGAAACCUAACUCCAAGUAUCGAUAGCCAGGGUGAAAAGGCCAUCGAGGACAUUAAGGUACGAGUUUUGUUUCUAACCGGAAGGUCUAACACCAGUCAGGUUCAACGUCAAAGGCUGACCAUGUUCUCGCCAACCUGUCAGAUACCACGGAACACCGAGCAGGAUGCCUGGACGGACCCGUUCUCCAUGAACAUGCACUUCCAGUUAAACCUGACUUCCGGCGACCACGUGGUCGCUGCCAAGUUGAGAAUAUACAAAUUACCGCAAGAGAACCUCACAUCCUCGACGGAAAGCACGUUCGAGGAGGAAGUGGUAGACGAAAAGAAGAUCAGGAUAUCGAUCUACUACUACACCAAGUCUUUAAAGAGGCAUCGAUCGAAAAAACGUUUGAUGGAUUCUGUUGUAACGCCACUCACAUCGAAAGGCACUUAUCUAGCGUUAGACGUAAGGGAUGGUCUUAGAUUUUGGAGGUUGAAUUCAAGAAGUCCUCACGGAAACGGAAGUAAUCAUGGCGUGGUGGUCCAAGUCGAGGACCAAGAUGGCCGACCACUGAAACCGGCCCUAUAUAUUCAACAACCGUCCUGCGCCGACCAAGAUUCGGAUCAGAAGGCAUACCAGCGAAUACCUGCACUCUUCGUUAGAGCCUGUACUCGUUACCUUCGUAUCGUAAACGGCAAGACGGAAACAUACGUGAAUUGUAGGCAUUAAAACUUAUUAGAAAACAGUCACGUGCCAAUUAAACGGACGAUCGUUAAAAGUGCACUUUAUUCGUGGAAAAAUAUAAGAAACACUCGCGACAAUUACGCGACGAUUCGAUUCAAAGAUACUGUUGUCAAAGCCGACAUCAUAUUUUUCAAUACAAAGUCUAGUUAUUUUUAACGCACUAUGUGCCUUCUUAGAUAUAUAGUUAUCUUUUUUAAUUAAUAUUGAAAAUGAAACAAAUGAUUUUUAUAUUGUUAUUCAUAUAUAACUAUGUCGAUCAGCUUCAUUGAUAUGUCCAAAUUAAUUUUUUUUAAAUUUUUUAUAUAAAAAAAUUCUAGUGACAUCUCGACUGUUCUAUGCGCAAAAACAAUUGAAAGACGCGCCGCCAUUUUGUUUAAUUAGUUUCGCGCGCACGUUUCGGUUUUGAGGGAGGUCCCGUGAAAAAAGUGUACGAUCGCGUUAAUAAUCGUUUUAUAGACUGUUUUAAUUGUUAAUUGGAACACGAAUCUCGUUGUUAUUUAAGUAGAGUAGUGAGUAAGUGGUAUCUUAUUGUUUUUGUAUUGUUUUUCGUGACGCGGACGAAUCGCGUGUGGCUUGCCGGUACGCACCAUUUUCCAGUUAUGUAAGUUAAAUUAAUAUCAUUUACAUUUAACUGUUAAACAAUUUAGUAAUGUACAUACCAGUGAAAAAAUUAAUCAGUAGAUCGAUAAAUCGAUUAGAAUAUUCAUUUUGACCUGUAUGCACAUGUACGUGAAUAUUGGUCACAUGUGUAUACACGUCAUACCCAUGACUGAUGUAACCAAAUGUAAAAGUUUAGAGAUAGAUAUUUAUGUUUCAUGUUAAUUAAACAAUGUAGAGUCUCCUAGGACUCUGUUUGUUAUUACAUGCUGGAUGGGACCACGUAUAGAAAUUCAUUGUAUCUCAAUGAAAUGUUAUAAGCAUAUAAAGUACUUCUUAUCAUAGUGCUUUUACAUUUUGGUGGUCCAUCCAAAAGUUAUGCUACUUAUUAUUAUACGCAGUUAUUGUCUAACGAAGGAGACAAUGUUUUUGCAAAUUUUACACAAUCGUUGUAUAUAAUGUAUAUUUAAUUUCUUGGUUGCGCAAAAAUAAAUGCAUUUUAAGUUUGA